GAGAGAGAGAGGAGCCGCUUCUUCUACACAAACACUCUCUCUCCCUUCUCUCUCUCACACUCCGUAGCGACGCACACGCACAGAUUCGCUUAAACUGUGGCAUUUUUCGGAUAACAUGAGCAUGUAACUUCCUUUGCUAGUUUGGUUGUAAUUAUUAUCCCAAGUAUUUGGAGUAAUGGGGACAAUUAAAGAGAAUGAUGAUUCGGCACCUGCAGAUGUAAUUAAGGUCAUUGGCGAGCCUGCUAUCGUAAUUAAUGGUGUGCCAGAUGUGAAUCCUAACUAUGAGACAAGUGUUCGUGUGAAUACAGAAAAUAAUAGGAAAUCAGAAUCUGAUCCUUUUCUCGGUGAGUGGCUUGAAGGAAGGCAAGUUCGGAAGUUGUUCGGAGAUCGGUAUUACUCUGGCAAAGUGGUUGAGUAUGACGAUGAAAUGAAUUGGUAUAGGAUAGUGUACGAAGAUGGGGAUCUCGAAGAUCUCGAGUGGCGUGAGCUUGAGGAAGUGCUUGUUCCACUAGACAUUUCCAUCCCACUCAAGACCCUAGCUUUGCAAAGGUGUAAGCAUGAGAAAUCUCCUCCUAGUACUUCAGGAGGUAAUGUAAGGAAAUGCCAUAAUAAAAGUAGAGAAAGCAAAGGAAAAUCUCCAAAGUUGCUUCAACAAGCCGAAACAAAUGACAUCAUGAGUAAUCAGCUAUUGAUACUCAAAAAGGAACCAAACUCACAAGAAGCUCUAAAGGGGAAAAAUGAAAAUACAAAAGGAAGUAAGGAAGCGUUUCAUAAUACGGACGAUUCAAAUUCUACAAAGAGGCAAAGAGAAAUUCAGAGGCAAAGCUCAAGAACAGCUCAUGCAGAAAAACAGAAAAGAAGAGAAAGAUAAUUUUGACGAGUACUUACCCGGCUUCCUGAUACAAUGUCAACACCAUUUUUGGCGUGCUGAAGCUCCUGAACCAUAGCGAUCAAAGCAGACCUUGCAUCGCCUUCUUCAUACACACUAGUCAGGU